AUGAAAUCCUUCACCAUCGCCACCACCACCACAAUCAUCCUCGCCAUAGGAGCCAUGGCCAGGAACUGCACGCCGGGACUGAACUACUGUGGAAGCACCUUACUGGACAUUGGCCACUACCAAUCCCAAAUCGACCAGGCCAUCGCCGACGCAGGCGUGCCGGAGGUGGACAACGGCCGCGAGUCGCUCUUCCAUUGCAUCGGUGGUGAUAACGGCGUCAUUAAAUACCUGGGGGACUGCCCCAAUGGGUGCCAUGAUGCCGGGGCGGGGAACAGUGAUUAUUGUGUUGGACAAGAGUGA